AUGGCGGCAAAACAAACCAAGUUCAAGGUGGCUGCAGCCCACGCAGCACCGGUGUUCAUGAACAAGGCUGCGACAAUCAAAAAGACGAUUGCUCUGAUCGAACAAGCUGCAGAAGACGAUGUCAAGCUGCUUGUUUUUCCUGAAACGUUCGUCCCCGGUUAUCCUUACUGGGCCGAAUGCUACGCUCCCCUGAAGCAGGUCAACGCGUUAGCUAAGUACGCUGAGGAGAGCGUCGUAGUCGAACCCAAUGGAGAGGAUGUCGGCGCCAUCCAGGACGCGUGCCGCCGUACUGGUGUCGCUAUCAAUCUCGGCAUUUCUGAGCGUGUUGCAAACGGUCACACUUUGUUCAACUCGCAGGUCACAAUCGACAAUGACGGCACUAUUCUAGGCGUCCAUCGCAAGCUCCAGCCAACCUAUGUCGAGCGCUACAUCUGGGCCCAGGGCAACGGCAGUUCUCUGCGCAAUUGGCCCCUGUCGCUUGGGUAUAACCUCGGCGGUCUCGCCUGCUGGGAGCACACCAUGAACGGUGCUCGCCAGGCGCUGCUCAUGCAAAAUCAGCACAUACAUGCGGGAGCAUGGCCGGCCCUCUCGACAAUGGCUGGAUUUGAGGCGGUUGCUGAUGCGCAAAUCGAGGCUUUGAUGAAAGCGCAUGCCUUGACUGCACAGGUCUUCGUUAUUACCGCUUCUAACUACGUCGACGACACAUGUCUCAACUGGAUGGAAGAGAAUCUCGGGCCACAGGAUCUGGUGAAAGCAGGAGGCGGCUGGUCAUCGGUCAUAGCUCCUUUCUGCAACUUCAUUGCGGGCCCGCAUGCAGGUGGUGAGGAGAAGCUGGUGCAGGGAGAAAUUGACCUUGCGCAGCUUGGUGCCGUCAAAGUCUGGAUCGAUGCUGCCGGUCACUACCAGCGACCUGAGAUCCUGCAGUUCGGCUUUGAUGCGCGACCUCAUUGGGCUGACGAGAAGCUCGACCGGUUCAAGGUCCGCCCUGAGGAGAAGAAGCAAAAGGAGGAAUCGAAAGAGUAA